CUCCAAAACCCAUCCAUUUUUGCUUUUCCCCAAAACCGACGGUCGAUACUGAUGCUAAUCAUCACAAGAAGGUGUAGAAAGAGAUUCCCUCGAAUCCUCUCAAUGAAAUUGGAGAAUGAAAAGGAAAGGAAAUGCCAAUAAGAGAACGAAGAAUCAAGGCGAAUCCUUGAUUCUUUAACAUUUGGUAUCAGAGCCUAUUCCCCGAAAAUUCCAUGACUUCCGAAAAUUAUGUCCAGCGCUCAAUCCUUCGUUUUGAUGGUCAUCACUACGAUCAUUGGAGUAUGUUGAUGGAGAAUUUUCUCCGGUCCAAAGAGUAUUGGACUGUUGUUGAAGCUGGAGUUCCAGAACCAACGGCAAGUGCAAAUAAUGCACAAAGGGCAGAAAUUGAGAAGGAAAAAUUGAAGGAUCUCAAGGCUAAGAACUAUUUGUUCCAAGCCAUAGAUCGGGCUAUCUUGGAAACAAUUCUUAACAAGUCUACUUCCAAGAAUAUUUGGGAUUCCAUGAAGAAGAAGUACCAGGGGAAUGAAAGAGCAGAGCGGCAACAGCGCCAGGCUUUGCGGAACUCAGAAGGUCAAACUUCAGCAGAUCUCGAGGUUUCAAGACAGACAGCUGAAGAAAGUCUACCUACAGAAGCAAAGCUCAAUAGUGGAGGAAGUCUACCAACAACACCAGAAUUGGAAUCUGGAACUAGUUCCAAACCUCAACGCAAAAAGAGGAGACCAGCAUGGUUGGAAGAUUAUGAGUGGCAAAAGGCCAUGGCAGAAGAAAUUGGUUCUAUUAAAAGGAACCAGACUUGGAAGUUGACAGAUCUUCCAAAAGGGCACAAAACAAUUGGUGUUAAGUGGAUCUACAAGACAAAGCUCAAAGAGAAUGGGGCGGUUGACAAAUUCAAAGCUCGCUUGGUGGCAAAGGGUUACAAGCAAGAGUUUGGCAUUGAUUAUCAAGAAGUUUUUGCUCCAGUUGCAAGGAUGGAUACCAUCAGAUUGGUGAUUGCAUUGGCAGCACAGAACUCAUGGCCGAUCUACCAACUUGAUGUGAAAUCUGCCUUCUUGCAUGGAAAUCUGCAAGAACAGGUAUUUAUUGAUCAACCUCCUGGUUAUGUGAAAUAUGGUUCUGAGCAUAAGGUGUAUAGAUUGAAGAAAGCAUUAUAUGGAGUAAAACAAGCACCUAUAGCUUGGUAUAGUCGAAUUGAUACUUAUUUUUUGAAGGAAGGUUUUCAAAAGUGCCUUUAUGAGUAUACACUUUACAUUAAAUUUGGAGAUGGAGGUAAAUUGAUUAUAGUAUGCUUAGAUGUUGAUGAUUUAAUUUAUACUGGGAAUGAUUUUGGCAUGUUGGAAAAGUUCAAGCAGUCCAUGAAGCUUGAAUUUGAAAUGACAGAUCUAGGCUUGCUGCAUUAUUUUCUUAGUCUGGAAGUAGUACAAUCAGAUUCUGGAAUUUUUGUUUGUCAGAAAAAAUAUGUGCAGGAAGUUCUGGACAAGUUUCAAAUGAAGAACUGCAAUUAUGUCACUACACCAGUUGACAAAGGUGUAAAGCUUGUGAAAGAUCCAGGAGGUAGAUAUGUGAACAGCAAACUGUAUAAGCAAAUUGUUGGAAGUCUGAUGUAUCUGACAGCAACAAGACUAGAUAUAAUGCAUGGUGUAAGUCUGAUUAGCAGAUAUAUGGAGCAUCCAAAGGAGUUGCACUUGCAGACUGCUAAAAGAAUUCUCAGGUAUUUAUGUGGAACUGCAGAUUUUGGACUCUUCUACAAGAAGGGUGACCAGACAGAUCUCGUAGGCUUUACAGACAAUGAUUAUGCUGGAGAUUUGGAUGACAGAAAAAGCACUUCUGGGUUUGUUUUUAUGUUGGGAUCUGGUGCAAUUUCAUGGUCUUCAAAGAAGCAGCCCAUUGUGACUUUGUCCACAACAGAAGCGGAGUAUGUGGCAGCAACUUCUUGUGCUUGUCGAGCUGUUUGGUUGAGAAGAAUUAUCGAAGAACUUGAGCUGAAUCAACAUGAGGCCACUUCCAUUUAUUGUAAUAAUAGUUCAGCCAUCAAGCUUUCUAGAAAUCUAGUUUUGCAUGGGAGAAGCAAGCAUAUACAUGUGAGGUAUCAUUUCUUGCGCAACUUGGUAGAAGAUGGAACAAUUGCAGAACAUAAGAUCAAGUGGUUGAUAUAUUCACGAAACCCCUCAAAGUAGCAGCUUUUUCAAAACUGAGAGAGUUGGUGUUUGCAACAUGCACAAUUCAGUUUGAAGGAGGGUCUGCAGAUUCUAGAUUGCAGAUCUACAGAUAUGGUGUUAUCUAAAUUUCUUUAAACUAAAGUCUGAAGACUUUC